GCCCGGGGGAAGAAGGGGGUGGGUCCUGUGACGUCAGCGAGUCCGAAGCCAGAAAGAAGCCGGGGGCCGGGGGCGCUGAGCCGGGAGAACCGGACCGCGAGAGCAGAGACGGGAGAGCAGAGCGCGGCGGGAGCCAGCCGGGAGCCGAAGCCACUCAGGCACCUGCGCGUCUGCCCAACCGAUCGGCGCACGCAGAGUGGCCUGCAGGUCCCCGCCCGGGCCCAGUCCCUCCCCGGGCCCCCCAUGGCCCGGGACGCAGCCCUCCCGCCGUCGAAAUUGUCGCCGCUGAAGCUGCCUCUACUGCCAUUGCUGCUGCUACUGCUCCGGGAAACCGGAGCCCAGGAUGUGCGAGUUCGGGCUGCAGCCGAGGUGCGGGGCCAGCUGGGGGACACCGUAGAGUUGCCGUGCCACCUGCUGCCCCCAGCGCCUGAAAUCCGAGUGUCACAGGUGACGUGGCUGCGCCUGGACGCGCCUGAGGGUAACCAGAACGUGGCUAUCUUCCACCCCCAGUAUGGUCCCAGCUUCCCCAGCCCGAAGCCUGGCAAGGAGCGGCUGUCCUUCGUCAAUGCCGGGCAGAGCACCGGGGCCAGGCAAGGCACAGAGCUGGAGGUGCGGGACGCCACACUGGCCCUCCGGGGGCUGACGGUGGAGGACGAGGGCAACUACACCUGCGAGUUUGCCACCUUCCCCCGGGGCACCAGUCGGGGAGUGACCUGGCUCAGAGUCAUAGCCCAGCCCCAGAACCAUGCCGAAACACAAGAAGUCACACUCAGUCUGGAUCCUGUACCCGUGGCCCGCUGUGUCUCCACGGGCGGCCGGCCACCUGCCCGAGUCUCCUGGCUCUCACCCUUGGAUGGGGAGGCCAGAGAGAGCCAGGUGUCAGGACCCCUGCCUGGUACAGUCACCGUCACCAGCCGCUUCACCUUGGUACCCUUGGGCCAAGCAGAUGGUGUCAAGAUCACCUGCAAAGUGGAGCACGAGAGCUUUGAGGAGCCAGUUCUGCUGCCUGUGACCCUCUCUGUGCGCUACCCCCCUGAGGUCUCCAUAUCUGGCUAUGAUGACAACUGGUAUGUCGGCCGUAGUGAGGCCUCCCUGAACUGUGACGUCCGCAGCAAGCCAGAGCCCACAGGCUACGACUGGAGCACGACUUCAGGCGUCUUCCCAGCCUCAGCAGUAGCCCAGGGCCCCAAGCUGAUCGUCCACUCGGUGGACCGGCUCUUCAACACCACCUUCAUCUGCACCGUCACCAACGCCGUGGGCACGGGCCACGCCGAGCAGGUGGUCCUAGUUCGAGAGACACCCAACACAGCAGGCGCAGGGGCCACAGGUGGCAUCAUCGGGGGCAUCAUUGCUGCCAUCAUCGCGACUGCUGUGGCCGCCACAGGCAUCCUCAUCUGCCGACAGCAGCGGAAGGAGCAGAGGCUGCAGGGGGCAGAGGAGGUGGAGGACCUAGAGGGGCCUCCCUCAUACAAGCCGCCGACUCCAGAGGCAAAGCUGGAGGAGCCGGACAUGCCCUCCCAGCUCUUCACCCUGGGGGCCUCGGAGCACAACCCGCUCAAGACCCCCUACUUUGAUGCUAGUGUCUCAUGCGCUGAGCAGGUAGGAGCUCGGGAGAGGACAAGGGAGAUGCCUCGAUACCAUGAGCUUCCCACCUUGGAAGAACGGUCAGGGCCCCUGCUCCUGGGGGCCACGAACCUGGGGUCCCCCAUGCUGGUGCCUCCAGGGAUGCCUGCUCUGGAGACGGUUUCCCUGGAUCUAGAGGACGAGGAGGAGGAGGAAGACUAUCUGGACAAGAUCAACCCCAUCUACGAUUCCCUGUCCUACUCCAGCCCCUCUGAGUCCUACCAGGGCAAAGGCUUUGUCAUGUCCCGGGCCAUGUAUGUGUAAGCCGCCAUGGUCCUGGCCUCUCAUCUCUCAUUUUUUGAUCCCUCAACUUUCUGCCAGGGAUCUAGGGCCCCCUGAUCUCUCGCUUGGCCACUGUCAGUUAACACACAUGCAUCUCAUCUGUGACUUCUGUCUUGGUGGCUCCACUGUGACCUCUAAUCCAUGAUCUCUGACUCAGAGAAAUGGGCCAUGACAAUGGAAAACUGAUAACCUUAUCUUAGGAGGGGCUGGAGAAGGUAGGUUUCUUCACAACCUCUUACCCAACGGGUCCUCAGACUGUGACCUUAGAUUAUACCUCUCAUGUCCCACCAUCUCCAGACUCCCCCCAAAUCCCAAAGAAGACCCCAGACCUCUGAUUGGACCUCAGGCAGUCACUCCUAACAGCUCUGCUUGGGUGGGUGUUGGGGGCAUCCUGUUGCUCAGACCUGAGCCCUCCAGGUGGCAGAGCCCCACUCGCCCAGUCCCCACCCUGUCCCCAGUGGUGGGAGGGAGGGGAUUUCCCCAGCCCAAAGCAGAACUUCCCCAUCUCCUCCCUCCUGCAGGCAGGAGUCUCAGGGUGCAGACCCUUCCCUGAGCUCCCACUACCCCAAUUCCUGUGUACAGAGAAUUAUGCCCCAGCUCAGGGCUACAUGGGGUGAGCUUCAUGCAGAGGGGGCCUUGCUGACCCCAGCCUUCUGAGAAUUUGCUGUUAACUUUGAAGACUACUGAGUUCUCUUACUCCUGCCCAGCGGGGUUGGACCCACCCGCCUGGGUGGGGGGUGGGGAAUGGAUCACCUGGAUCAGGGGUAGGGGAUGUGAUAUUGUUUUGUAAUACAGCAUUUCCUACAAAAUGAGUUUGUACUUUGA